AUGACUUCACCCAAAUUCUUCGUCAAUUGGACCACCUUUAAAAAGUCAUGGGAGGAUGUAACCGUAGCUCACUGGCUCAAAUACCCCAACCCCUUCUCCAAACAUGUUCUCUCAGAGGAUGUAGUAGAGCGCCGCAUUGAAGACGGUAAACUGUACACAGUAAGGUUUAUAGUGAAGAAGCAACGUAUCCCUACAUCUUUUAUGUGGAUGGUCCCUGCAAAACACAAGGCCUGUUAUGUUAAGGAAACUUCUGUGAUAGAUCCAGUGAACCAGGAGUGCACGAUAACAACAGAGAACUUGAACUGCAGGUUUAUCAGUCUGGUUAUAGAGACCCUCAAGUACAAGAGUGUUAGAAUGUGUGAGACUCUCAUGGAGAGACGAACUCGCAUAUCCGCCAAAAUAGAGAGCAUACAAAAUUACACGUUCGACAGAUACCAGAAGAACAUCGCCAACACUGAUAAAGGCAUGAUGUGUGUUCUGGGGUUACUGGACGAGUGUAAACGACAGGGUCUCACCGGUCAAUGUACUAUAUAA